GUUUGUCUGUUGUGAUUUUUUGGAUUUUUUCUAUAAUUAGUUUCUUUCGAUAUAUUUGUAUAGCUUGCACUUGCAAUGAUUUGAUCAAGUCAAAGCGUGAAAAUAAAUUAUUGCUGCAUCACAACUAAAAAAGUAUAUAAAUAGCCUACUUACCAGUGAGUGAAGUGAAGGACUGAAGGUGUCAACAACUUUGAAUGGUCAGAAUACUUAAUGAAGAAUAUGCUGUUUCAAUAAGCAGGGAGACAAUAUCUAAACACCAACAGGACUAGUGACUGCAUGAGGCACAGCUUCGCAGAUUCUGGCAGCAGACUUCUGAACCUGUACAGCCCUCUCAGCCUUCCUAACGCGCGCUGCGAAGCAUGUGUAACAAUGUCAGAGAUGAAAGAGCAUUUGAGGAAGAUAGUCACACGCUUUUUGCAGAAUCGUGAGCCGUAUCAAGUCUUUAGUUUGGAUGAGGAAUGAAAAUAGAACUCAGGCAUAGGAAAUAAGAGCCAAUUGCCAAACGAGUCCUAAUUUGGAUUGUACGUAGGACAACAACUCCCUCCACGGAAUGAAAAUAGAAGAUCUCGGGCAUAAGAAAUAAAAACCAAUUGCCAAACGAGUCCUAAUUUGGAUUGUACGUAGGACAACACCUCCACGGAAUGAAAAUAGAAGAUCUCAGGCAUAAGAAAUAAGAACCAAUUGCCAAACGAGUCCUUAUUUGGAUUGUACUUAGGACAACACCUCCCUCCACGGAAUGAAAAUAGAAGAACUCAGGCAUAGGAAAUAAGAACCAAUUGCAAACGAGUCCUAAUUUGGAUUGUACGUAGGACAACACCUCCACGGAAUGAAAAUAGAAGAACUCAGGCAUAAGAAAAAAGAACCAAUUGCCAAACGAGCAAUCCUAAUUUGGAUUGUACGUACAAAAGACGAGAUGACAACACCUCCACGGUAAUACCUUGAACUUAUAGAAAUAACGGACUAAAGAUUCAUAUGAAAAUGAAACAUUACCAAUAAAACUCCUGAUUUUUGACUAGAUAUUCUAAUAAUCUGACUUUCACAACUAUAGAAAGUGCAAAGCUAAAAAUGCCAAAGCACUCCAAAGAGUUUUUUCUUAAGUGUCCAAUAUGUGGACAAUCAUUAAAAAUGAAAUAUCAAAUGAAGGUUCAUAUAUUAAAACAUACCAACGAACACCCUUAUAAAUGCUUAACAUGCGGUAAAUCAUUUAAUAAGCUGAGUCACGUAAAAAGUCAUUUGUUGACACACUCUGGGAAGUCUCAUAAAUGCAUUACAUGCGGGGAAUACUUUGUAUCCAAAAGCCAAUUGAAAUUGCAUACAAUGGUUCAUACAGGAGAGAGACCUCAUAUCUGCAUUACUUGUGGAAAAUCCUUUGUAUCUAAACACAAUUUGAAAGUACAUACAAUGUUUCAUACAGGAGAACGACCUCAUAUUUGCAUUACUUGUGGAAAAUCCUUUGUAUCUAAAAGCAAAUUGAAAGUACAUACAAUGUUUCAUACAGGAGAACGACCUCAUAAGUGUUCUACAUGUGGAAAAUCCUUUGUAUUAAAAUAUAGUUAUGAAAGGCAUCUAUUAAUUCAUGGCAAUGGACAAAGUACAUUGAAAGUACAUACAAUGGAUCAUACAGGAGAGCAGCCUCAUAAAUGUAUUACAUGCGGAAAAUCCUUUGUAUAUGAAAGCAAUUUGAAAGAACAUACAAAGGUUCAUACAGGAGAGCGAACUUAUUUUUGCAUUACUUGUGGAAAAUCCUUUGUAUCUAAAAGCAAUUUGAAAGUACAUACAAGGGGUCAUACAGGAGAGCGACCUCAUAAGUGUACUACAUGCGGAAAAUCCUUUGUAUAUAAAAGCAGUUUGAAAGUACAUACAAGGGUUCAUACAGGAGAGAGACCUCAUAUAUGCAUUACUUGUGGAAAAUCCUUUGUAUCAACAAGCCGAUUGAAAGAACAUUCAAUGGUUCAUACAGGAGAGCGACCUCAUAAAUGUAUUACAUGCGGAAAAUCCUUUGUAUCUGUAAGCAAAUUAAAGGAACAUACAAUGGUUCAUACAGGAGAGAGACCUCAUAUAUGCAUUACUUGUGGAAAAUCCUUUGUAUCUACAAGCCGAUUGAAAGAACAUACAAUGGUUCAUACAGGAGAGCGACCUCAUAAAUGCACUCCAUGCGGAAAAUCCUUUGUAUCUAAAAGCAAAUUGAAAGAACAUACAAUGGUUCAUACAGGAGAGCGACCUCAUAUUUGCAUUACUUGUGGAAAAUCCUUUGUAUUCAGAAGCAAUUUGAAAAUGCAUACAAUGGAUCAUACAGGAGAGCGACCUCAUAAGUGCACUACAUGCGGGAAAUCCUUUGUAUCUGAAAGUAAAUUGAAAGUACAUACAAUGGUUCAUACAGGAGAGCGACCUCAUAUUUGCUUUAUUUGUGGAAAAUUCUUCGUAUCUAAAAGCAAUUUGAAAUCACAUACAAUGUUUCAUACAGGAGAGCGACCUCAUAUAUGCAUUACUUGUGGAAAAUCCUUUGUAUCUAAAGGCAAUUUGAAAGCACAUAGAAUAGUUCAUACAGGAGAGCGCCCUCAUAAAUGCACUACUUGUGGAAAAUCCUUUGCAUUAAAAAAAAGUUAUAAAAGACAUCUAUUAACUCAUGGCAAUGGACAUCCUUAUAAAUGUAAUACAUGUAAAAAAGCAUUCAAAUCAAAGGAUACUUUGAAAAAACAUAUUUUGGUUCAUACAGGAGAUAAACACAACUGUACUACAGUGGGAACUCCUUCUUAAAUUAAAGGCAAUUGUAAGAAUCAUGUAUUAAUUCAUUGCAAUUAGCAUACUUAUAAUUGCUUCACAUGUGAAGAAUCCUUUGUAUCUGAAAGAAAAUAACAUCAAUUGGUAUAUACAGGAGAGUGACCUCAUUAUUUGUAAAGAAUCCUCUUAUAAAUAAUUUAUGAUAAAUUUAUAUUACUGUAAGUCAUGUACCUAAGCGUCCCUAUAACUUGUUUAAAAAACAUUUAAUUUAAAAUAGUAAUUGAAAAAAAACGUACAAUGAAUCAUACCAGAGCAACCUUAAACUGUUUGUAAUUUACAUACUGCCGUGGCUCCAUAAAUCUCAGUUGAUUCUUCGCCUCGUGUACCAGCUUCUUCCAUCCGAACUGUCUUCUGCCAAGUUGAUGUUUGCACCCAUUGUCCUAACAUCAUUCAAUACUUGGUCAGUCCAUCUGAAUUUCGGCCUUCCCAAUGUACGUUUACUUCCAGUUGUAGCUCUCCAAACUUCAUACAGUCUUGUUCCUUUCUCUCUUCUUAGCACAUGCCCUAUCCAACUUAUUCCUCUUCCUUUAAUCAUUGCAACAAUAUCCGGUUCGGUGCAUAGUAAUCUUGUCCCUCUAUUUUUCCUUAUCCGCCACAUACUCUCUGUUUUAGUUUAUAGUUCUUGGGAUAAAUAAAAGUUUUUCAUUUCA